AUGAAAGUCAUCUUGGCUUCUCUGUUAUGCUUGACCAUCGCUUCGUGUUACAAGCCAUCGAGAAAUCCACUCAAAACCAAAAAGUACAAAUGCAUUGAAGUUGGAGAUGAUGAAGAUGUGCAAAUCGUCAAGAAAUCUCUCAUGUCUCCAUCUCUUGCGCGCGCAGAGGAACAACUCGUGCCUAUCUCGACCAUCAGGGCUGCUGCAUCCCCGUCUCAUUUUCCACAACCCAUUAGUUCAGGUGAAACGAUAGAAGUUCCAUUAGCGCACAAGGUGAAAAUCCAGAAACUUCCUUUAUCAAAGAUGUCCGGAUCAGCAACAAUGACCAGCCAACCAAGUGAAUAUCCGUCCAGUGUGCAAAAGGAUCGCAAUGGACAUCCCCUCGUUCUCUCUCCAAAGCAUUGUCAGCAGGUAAAACACUACGCUGAUAUGUAUGGAGUAAAAGAUGUGAAAUCGUGGGUGAAACGAAACUGUACUUUCGCCAAAAUGUAUUUGCCAGGCGCAACUUGUGAAGAGAUCGACGUAUUGGUAGCUUCAUGUUACAAAAACAAAUAUCUUGUCUAA